AUGGUCAAGGAGCUUGUGUUUCUCAGCCAGAAUUUUCUAGAUCCUUUGGCUGGAACCAUCUGGAUCAUUGCCUCAGGCUUCUAUGUGAUUCCCACAAGGUGGGCCAAGGAGGGAGGGUCCGUUGGUCCUGGAACCUUGCAUUUCUAAUCUGUGAAAUGGGAGGCUGCACUGGUGGGUGGCAGAGUUCUUUCUUUUUCCAGCUCUGAAAGUCUAGGUUUUUCACCAUUGGCAAUUCAGCAAACUCAAGAGGAUGAACAGGGAUGCAUCAUAGGGCCUGUGUUUGGGCCACAUCAGUACGUGGAGUGGAGGAAGUCCCAUGAUGCAGGGAUCUUAUUGCACUCACCUGUACCCCAGAGCUCAGCACUGUGUUUGGCAUUCAGCAGGUGCUCAAUAAAUACUUCCCAAAUGACUGAGUGCGUUGUGUCAGCAUCAGGAAGCCAGGGGACCCUGAGGGAGCCAGGGAGAUGGGAAGAAAACUUCAGAACGCCUGCCACGCCCUACAUUAGCUACAUCUUCUCUGCGUCCUGA